UACGGCGCCGGCUGCGCGGGAGCGCCGCAGUCCUUUGCCGGUAAAGCUCACGCGCUUACCUCUGCUCGUCUUCAGGAAAUACUAUUAUACUUAAAGUCACUUGCAAAAAUAAAUUUCGAUUAAAACUAAGUGAUAAACAAGAGUCUCCUCUCGUUUGGUUUUAAAGUGGAACGAUCAUUUAUGGCAACCCUCUUGCUCCAGCCAUCCAUUGUGUGCACGUCCCCCUGUGGCAAGUUGAUGACAGUCCAGAUAGGAGUGGACAACAAUAGUGGGAGUAGAGAGACUUUAUUGAUAGGGUCCAGUGCUGCGUGAAAAUGACGGUGGUGCCUGAAGUGUCACGCGUGAGGGGCUUGUGCCACCAGUUGCUCAUGGUCCUACUAAUAAACGUGCCCACCAUGUCCCUGGGAAUGGCGAUGGGGUGGGUGUCGCUGGUGAGCGGCGAGCGGGAGGAGGCGGACGGCGUGGAUCCGGCGGCGGGUACCGGCGGGGACCCGGCGGCGGCGGCGGAGGCGGAGGGCGCGCGCGUGGUGGCGGCGGCGGCGACCACGUUCCUGGCAUCACUAGUCGGCGUCCCACUGAGUGCGCGCGCGCUCUCUUAUGGGCGAAAAUUCGCGCUUAUCGCGACGUCGAUGUGCUUUGUGGUGUGCUGGUCGCUGAAGCUGGUAGGCGGCGGCUGGUGGGUGCUGGCGGCACGCGUGGCGGCGGGGCUGGGCGGCGCCGGCGCCUACUCCAUCGCGCCGCUCGUCGCCAGAGAGAUGUGCGAGAAGCGCGUGCGAGGCGCGGCGGCGGCGGCGCUGAUCCCGGCGCACAACGUGGGCUUCCUUCUCAUGUACCUCGCCGCCGACUUCGCGCUGCCGCACACGACGAUCCUGUGGAGCUGCCUGAGCCUGUCGCUGCUGCACUGCGCCGUGUUCCUGCUCGUGCCCGAGUCGCCGGCCUACCUCGCCGCCAACAACAAGGACAAGGAAGCAGUGGCGUCCCUGGCGUGGCUGCGGGGCGUGGACGUGGACCACCCCUCGCUGGCGGAGGAGCUGGCCGCGCUGCCGCCGCCCGAUAACGGCGUGAGCACCUUCGCGCUGCUCAAGGACAUGAUAAGCGACCGCAGUCGCCGGCGCGCGUUCAUCAUCAGCUUCGUGGCCAUCGUCGGCCAGGAGGCGUGCGGAGUCUACACGCUCAUGCAGUUCGCUGAGCGGACCUUCGUGCUCGCGCGGGACGAAGCAACCACUAGCGCGCUAGAAAUUAUGCCAGACAAUGCAACCUAUGCGCUGAAUGCCACCAGUGCAUGGAAUAUGAGCGAUAUACUAACUACCACUAUGGUGCCAAAUGCUACGAGCGCUCUAGAACAUGGCCUGAAUGCAAUGAAUGCUACGGUGGUGCUCCGUACGAAUGCGCUGCUGACGCCAGCAAGACAGGCAGUUGUGCUGGGAGCGGUGCAGUUGGUGGCCUCUGCCAUUGCUUUGUACCUUGUGGAGAGGGUUGGGAGGAGGCGGCUGCUGAUCACGUCUGCGUUCGCGACGGGCGGCUGCCUGGCGGCGGGCGCGGGCGCGGCGUGGGCGGGCCGCGGCGGCUGGGCGGGCGCGGCGCUGGCGGGCGCGGUGGCGGCCGACAACGCGGGGCUGCAGCCCGCGCCCUACGCCAUGCUCGCCGACAUGUUCCACUAUCAGUUCCGCAGCGCAGUGAUGAUGCUGUCGUCAGCUGGCACGUGCGUGGCGAACGCGGCGGAGGUGAUGGUGUUCCCGGCGCUGGCGGCGCGCGCCGGUCUGCCGGCCGCGCUACUGCUCGCCGCGCUACUCACGCUAUCCUACGCCAUCUUCGCGCUAUUCGCCGUGCCCGAGACGCGCGGCAAAACGCCUGAACACAUUUACUCGUUAUUAGACAAGAAGAGGAAGGAAAAUGAUGUCGAAGGCACGGACGAAAAGAAAGAAAAGGAUGUCGAAGGCACGGAUGAAAAGGAAAGGCGAUCGGAGCCAGAGUCUGAUAGCACUCGCGUGCAGCUCCCCGCGAUGGGCCUGCUGGACAAGCUGUCGGGCUGGCUGGGCCGCGGGCCCACGGAGGUGACGGUGCUGGUGCUGGGGCUGGACAACAGCGGCAAGAGCACGCUGCUCAACGCACUGCGCCCGCCGGAGCAGCGAGCCUCAGCUCUCGCGCCCACCGUCGCCAGCACCCAAGACCAUUUCUCUAGCGGCGGCGUGGCGUUCAGCGCGUGGGACGUGUCGGGCGCGCCGCGCCACCGCGCGCUGUGGGAGCGGCACUACCGCCGAGCGCACGCCGUCAUCUUCGUCGUCGACGCCGCCGACCACCUGCGCUUGGUGGUGGCGCGCGAGGAGCUGGAGCUGAUGCUGGCGCACCCGGACAUGUGCGGGCGGCGCGCGCCGCUGCUGGUGUUCGCCAACAAGAGCGACGCGCCGCACGCGCUCGCGCCCAUGCAGACCGCCACAGCACUCGGCCUGGAGCGCAUCACGGACAAGCCGUGGCACAUUUGUGCGUCGAGCGCCAUCUCGGGCGCCGGGCUGGCGGACGGCGUCGCGUGGCUGGCGCGACAGCUGCGCGACAUGCACAUGCACCACUAA